UACAAAGACGGGUAUAAAUGCACUUUCACAAAAUCCAAACCUCAAAUAUUAUAUGGAAAGGACUCUCUAUCACAUAUCACAGAUAAAUAAUAUAUUGAGGAGUUGUUCGGUUCCCUAUUCUAAUUUCCACCAGGACAGCCUCGACAAAAUAAACAAAGAAACUUGAUAUAUAUGCAUUUGGUUAACAUGACCGACUGUGAUGGGAUUUAUACGCUGAUGCAAUGCUAAGGUAGUACUUAAAUUCAAGCCACUGAACAUAACCAAGUUAGGAAAUAGCAGUUGAGCUUUGCACAACCCUGCUAUAUAUCACAAAAUAUUUGCGUCUCCCACUCCAAAAUAUGGCUUCCAAUGACAAGGAGGUGGCUAUUGAGUUUCUUCCGCUCCUCCGAGUCUACAAGGAUGGUUCAGUUGAGCGAUUAAUAGUCUCACCAAUUGUGCCACCCUCAUUUGAGGACCCAGAAACGGGUGUGUCUUCAAAAGACAUCACUAUUUCUGAAAACCCCACCAUUUCAGCUAGGCUUUACCUCCCAAAACUUACUCAACCCAAUCGAAAAUUGCCCAUCUUGGUCUACAUCCAUGGUGGAGCUUUUGUUAUAGGAUCCGCCUUCUCCUCUGACCACCAACAGUACCUCAAUAGUUUGGUCUCUCAAGGUCAUGUUGCUGCUGUAACAGUUGCGUAUAGGCUAGCUCCUGAGCACUCUCUUCCCAUUGCUUAUGAAGAUUCCUGGGCUGCAAUUCAAUGGGUUGUAUCACUCUCUCUGGAUAACUAUGUUGAUAAAGAGCCAUGGCUGGCAAAUCAUGGUGACUUUAAAAGAGUUUUUGUUGGUGGUGACAGUGCAGGAGCUAAUAUUGCCUAUAAUAUGACCAUGCGAGCUGGGAUUGAGGGCUUGCACGGUGGUGUUAAGAUUUUAGGCACUUUUCUUACCCACCCUUUCUUCUGGGGUUCAAAGCCAAUAGGUUCAGAGCGUAGGGUAGAAAAUAAGAAGUCUUUCCUCUGUAGGCUUUGUGAGUAUAUAUAUCCAGAAGCACCUGAUGGCAUUGAUUACCCAAAGAUGAAUCCGUUGGGUCCAAGAGCACCAAGCUUGGCUAAACUUGGGUGUGAUCGGUUGCUUGUGACUGUUGCAGAAAAAGAUCAGCUGAUAGAUAGGGGUGUUUGGUUCUAUAAUGCAGUGAAGGAAAGCGGAUGGGAAGAAGUGGAAUUGGUUGAAGUGGAGGGAGAGGAUCAUGCCUUCCAUUUUAUGCAUUUUGGGAGUGAGAACGCUAAGAAUUUGAUCAAAUGUGGAGUUUGGGUUUGGUUAAAUCAUUGGAGCUUGCGACCCCAAAUUCUUUGGCCCGCAGUGAAGAGGCUUUUAAAGGCCUUUGUAUUAAAGGAUUUGAGGAUCGUUAAUGGCAUGUUGUGUCUAUGGAGGGCUAUAGUAUAAUUACAAUUCCAAUGUCACAGAAGCUGAAAUGGAGUUCACUGUACAAAAGCUGCCAACGCAAUUUUGUGUCCAAAAUACUCUCUACUGGCAAUGACAAACAUUUGGGUCAGUAAUGAACUUGAGGUAGGACAUUCAUUUUGUGAUAUUAAUGGUAACAGAUCAUAGAGAACACAUAUCUUGAAGAGCUAAGGGAAAAUAGAGAGGAAUAGAUGUUGCCAUUAAAUGAAUGCAAAAUAGUUAUUUUACGUGUUGCUCAUUGGAGCAAUGAGCAAGGAAGAUUGUUGAGAUUUCUUUCCUUCGAUGGUUCUAUCAAGUGAAAGUUAAUGAUUAAUUGUAAGGAUAUGAACGAGUCAAUUAUGAAAGUUUCAAUUGCAAUGUGAAAGUCAAGGUGCCUAUUUAACAUUUCAUUUAUUUUACAUGAAUUGUGAUCUAGAACCAUGGGAAA